AUUAUUGAAUUGCUUUUGGUUUGAAUGAUGCUUGUUUUUUACAUGUGAUAAAAGAUAAAAUAAAAAUAAACCUUGUGCCAAUAAUAACAAUUUAAAACAUUUUAAAUAAAUGAUUUCGACAUAACAACAAUAAUUUUACUGUAUUAACCUAAAUAGUAGAUUACAAGACUGGACUAAUUUUACGGUACACCGCUUUAUUUAAUUGAUUUGAGUAAGAAAAACGAAAUAUCUUGUAAUUAAAGACCGUUCGGAGCCAGGACAUUUUUAUAUAACUAAAAGAAAACCUGUAACAUGUCGAUGCCACAUAGCAGCUCAAGUACGACCAGCUCCAGUACUAAACGCAAAGAGAUUUACAAAUAUCAAGCACCAUGGCCACUGUACUCCAUGAACUGGUCAGUAAGACCUGACAAACGGUUCAGACUGGCGCUUGGCAGUUUUGUUGAAGAAUAUAAUAAUAAGGUACAAAUAAUAUCCCUAGAUGAAGAGACAAGUGAGUUCAGUGCAAAAAGUACAUUUGACCACCCCUACCCCACCACCAAGAUCAUGUGGAUACCUGACAGUAAGGGGGUGUAUCCUGAUCUGCUCGCUACAAGUGGUGAUUAUCUCCGUAUAUGGCGUGCUGGUGAACCAUACACACUAUUCGAGUGUGUGUUGAACAAUAACAAGAACUCAGACUUCUGUGCUCCUCUCACAUCCUUUGACUGGAAUGAAGUGGACCCCAAUUUAAUCGGCACCAGCAGUAUUGACACAACUUGUACCAUCUGGGGCUUGGAGACGGGGCAGGUGCUGGGACGAGUCAAUGAUGUCUCCGGACAUGUUAAGACGCAGCUAAUCGCUCACGACAAGGAAGUGUACGACAUCGCGUUCAGCCGCGCGGGCGGCGGCCGCGACAUGUUCGCCUCCGUCGGCGCCGACGGCUCCGUGCGCAUGUUCGACCUGCGCCAUCUCGAGCACUCCACCAUCAUAUACGAGGACCCGCAACACACACCACUACUGCGGCUGGCGUGGAACAAGCAGGACCCUAACUACCUGGCAACAGUGGCGAUGGACGCCUGCGAGGUGAUCAUCCUGGACGUGCGCGUGCCCUGCACGCCCGUCGCCAGGCUCAACAACCACCGCGCCUNNNACAAUAAUAUCCCGUUCCACGUGUGUUCAAGUUCGUGUCACAUCUGCACUGCGGGGGACGACCACCAGGCGCUGAUCUGGGACAUCCAGCAGAUGCCGCGCGCCAUCGAAGACCCCAUCCUCGCCUACACCGCCGCGGAGGGCGAGGUCAACCAGAUACAGUGGGGCGCCACGCAGCCCGACUGGAUCGCCAUCUGCUACAACAGACACACCGAGAUCCUGCGCGUCUAGCUGCGCUGCCACCUCCACCUGCACCUCCUGCACUUCAGGUACUAUGAAGGAUAUGAUACGGGACUUUUACAUUACAAGUUCGGACUUUUACAAACUGUAAUCGGACUUUUACAAUAUAAGUUCGAACUUUUACAAACUUAAAUCGGACUUUUACAAACUAAGUGCUGAUUUUACAAAAUAAGUUCGGACUUUUACAAACUAAAGUCGGGCUUUUACAAACUAAGUUCUCUAAAAAAAGUCGGAAUUAAAUUUGUAAAUCUCAAAAUUAGUAUUUUGUUUGUAAUAGUCCGAAUUUUUUGUAAAAGUUACAAAACUAAAUUGUGAAUCACAAAUUAUGUCAGGAUUUAAAAUUCAAAUUGUACUUUGUAAUAGAAUUUGUUAUGUAAAUGUUUGAAUUUGAAGUUUAAAAGUUGUAAAAAGACAACCGACAAGGAAACAUGAAAAUGUCAUUAACUUGAUGCUGUGCGUAAAAAUGUAUUUUUCAAGUAGAUUUACAAUAUCCGCAAUAUUAACACAUAAAAGGUGACAAAGAUUAAGACAAAAAUAAGUAAUUGAAGAGUUAUUGAAAAAAAAA